GGAGGGCAAAAAGGAGCCGUGUGUCGUAACAUGGUGCAAACGAUUUAUUUUUUACAACUCUUGCUAUGUUUUUCUACCCCUAGGCUUUCGAUUUUUAUUGUGUUUUCGUUGUGCAGGUGCCCAGUUUCCGUUCCUACCGGCUUGUUGGGCACCGUGGGUCACGUUCCUCUUGGGGGGGAGGGGGGGGGGGGGCGCGACAUGAGCAUGAGUCACCGAACGCAAGAAAUCUAUUGUACCGUAUAUUGGCGUCUGUGCCAUUGAGUCACUCAGGCGAAGAAUUUUUCUGUACCGCCGUGCAUUGGCCCUUGUGCCACCGAAGUUAGAAUUCGGUCCGAUCGAGGGACGGGCGCCAUGACCUCACAAUCGCUGUCCGGAAGACCGCCACCACUCCAAAGCCGCCAAACUUCAUGAACCAAGCCCAAUGGUCCAAUGGGGUUUUGAACGCGGUUGUCGACUACAGCACGGACAGUACACCGCUGUUAUUUUUGUGUCAUUCUACGCUUUACACUUGAUUGGGCGUCCACAGGCAGGUGCAUGAUUCGCUGUUGCGCUCCUAGUCAGCAGUCAUAGAGACGUCGAUAGGGUGGUUCUUCCCAAUGAGACGUUUGCUACAUAUAGGGCUGUAAUCAGGUUUCAUCUUGUAGAUGUUGGCCGGUGCCGUGAGACAAUGUGUGAUCAUCGUGGUAACAUUGUGGAAACAGGGGGAAGCGCGCGGCCGUCGCUUAGUAGCGUUGCUGUUCACCCAGGUCGCUUUAUCUCCCUCUGUCGUCAAACGGUGUCGUCUGAAUGGUUUCAAGGCGUAGAAAGCCGAUCGUUUCGUUCCUCGAAACCGCUGCAAUAGCGCUCCGGAACUAGCCGUCUAUUGGCGUGUGUGUAGGAAGAGGAGGGCUCACAAACUCGAGACAAGUCGAGACGUCGGUCGACGAGUCUAUAGAACGGCCCUGUCUUGACGUCUUGUUUGUUUGAUGUACCAUGCUCUACGCUGCUUUCGUUGGCUUGAUUUUACUUUUUUUCUUCUCGCUAUCCUUCUGCGGUUGGACAGACCAAACAGGUGCAAAGCACGCACGUGCGUCGAAGGGUUCGGCCGGGUUCGGCCCGGCGUAAGAAGGCACGAAUGGAUGGAUACUUGUAUAUUGAGUCGAACACGUCCGUUGUGGUUUGGUUCUCUCUGACCUGAGCGUUAAAAGUAACGGUGUGCACGUCUUUUUUGAGAGUUUCUUUUGUUUGUUUGCUGACGUGAGAACUUAGACUUGUUGUGGGCGGGGGGGGACGGGAAACUGGACCGGACUUGCAGCGGAGGUUGAGGUUUUAUGGCAACUGCUGUGUACAGCGUCAGGCUCUCCUUCUCAUCACAUCCCGCUAACGAGAAUCGAUGUGUGUAUCACUUCCUCUCAGCAUUUUUUGUUGUUGUCCCACGUCCAGACAGGGAACAGGUGGAUUAUGAAAGUUUGAGGAGCGGCGUGGGUGAGAAACAACAAGUUAGGGUUAACAAAAAAUUCGGAGAAACACCAAGAGUGCUACAACUGUCUCGACGUGGAGAUCAGGUGUUCCGUGAAGAAAAUAGAAAAAAAGUGUAGAGUGUUUUUCGGCCGUGAUGGAAGUAAGGGUACUUCCGAGGGGGGAAUUUUGUUCGCAGGGCAUCGUAACAGGGUUUGUUGUGCUGCGUCACGUAGAGAAGAUCGCCGAGCCAUAACGUUUUCCCAACAUGUAGAUAUAAAAAUGGUGCGAUGGGUAC